UGUGACCAGAAAUGUCUAUAAAAUUUAUGUUAUGUCGGUUUAAAAAAUUACAAUUAUGCGAAUCCCUUACAAAAUUAACAAAAACACACAUCUCACUUACGAGGCGUCUCCUGAAAGUUUAAUCCUAGUCGGAGAACCUGAGAGACAAAUUCUCUCCGAAAAUUUCCAAUGGGACAAGAACCACUGUCCCUCACUAGCAACUCUAUGUGUGGAAGUAAUAAAAUCAAAAUUUACCGACAAUUCUUUAUUAGACGAACUACCAUGUCAAGACCGCGAUUACCUACUCGAAAUUUUAGAUCUCGCGUUACCUUUGCAGCUUGUAGUACCACUUAUCGAGGACGAAAUUUAUUGGCAAAGACGCUACCAGGAUAAAUUCGGAACGAUUAUUUACAGAAAACGUGAAACAUGGACUUGGAAAAGUUUAUUUAUCGAAAGACAUGUGCAAGAAAUGAUUGAACAAGCACAACCGGAGCAUAACGAUGAAGAUGAAAUGGACGAAAUUUUGACUUUGUGUUCUUUCUACGUUCGGACUUUGAUUGUGAGUCAGUUGCAAGCCUGGAAGCCUCCGUUACACUGGGAUGAGGAAGACAUCCCCGAAUUCCACCCCACAGACCACAUCAGUUUUGAGCCAAUUUUCAAAAAGUUGGUCCACAUUGAAGAGUUUGAUGUCAUUUAUGGUAUGAACAGUGUCGGUGACAAAUUCACCUGGCACAUGUUUAAAUUAUCAGUUGGUGAUUGUCAACGUUUAGGCAAAUCCCUCCACCAUUUAAAAUCUCUCCGUAUCUUGCGAAUUCACAGAAGCAGAUUAGAAGACCAACACGUGCGUGUUCUUAUGCAUGGCUUAAUCAAAAAUGAAACACUCGAAGAAUUAGAUUUAUCUCAUUGUAUAAUCGGGAACCAAGGGGCGCUUUGUAUAGCCAAAGUAUUAUGUGUCCAUCCGAAAUUACGGUCUCUGAAUCUCUGUGAUAAUAAGAUUGGCCAGUUAGGAUGCGAAGGUUUAGGUUUUGCGUUGUUGGAACCCGAGUGCUCGUUAGAGAAAUUAAAUUUAAAAUUGAAUCCGUUAGGAGAAGGUGGAGCUAUGGGAAUAAUGAGAGCUUUAGUUAGGGGAACGAAAUUGGAGGAAUUCUCCAUGGCGGCUUGUCAGUUUGAUGAUGAUGCGCCGAUAAGGACCGGCCAAAUGUUGCUAUUGAAUAAGUCGCUAAAAAAGUUGGAUGUUAGUAAUAAUUGGUUUGAUGAAGAAGGCGGUAAUGCUCUGGUUGAAGGUAUGGCUGUUAAUAGGACUUUGGAAUGGUUGGAUAUUCGUGAAACAGACAUUACCUCCAACCAAUACCACAAAAUCAAAGAGUACUUGAAGCGUAACAGACUUGGGUUGGAAGAAGUGAAUGAGGUACAAGAAGAAGUUUCGAUGGGGCAGGUAGAACAAGCUUCUUACAGCACUGUUUCUACACAAAAAACUGCCGAGACUGGAAGUGUUAUGGAAUAAAACACCGUUUUUGUGUC